AUGACUGAUUUUGCACUACCCAUUAUCGACAUGUCAAAAUCCAAAACACAUCGAAAGGAGCUCGCAGCUGCUGUUGUGCACGGUCUCGAGAAUACUGGCUUUCUUUAUAUUGACAAUGCCGAAGGUGUAGAUUUUGACAGAAUGUACGAAAGCUGUAAAUGGUUCUUCAGUAGAUCAAACGAAGUGAAGCACAGUCUGAAAAGAAAAAUAUGGAAUCCUGAUAACUCAAAUAUUUACCGUGGAUAUUUCCCUGUAGGCGAAAACGAGCCAAGCCGGAAGGAAGGAUUUGAGUUUGCUCGGGACAUUACACCAGGUGAUCCGGAAGUUAAACCAGGGAACUGGUUUUAUGAGCCAUCAGUGUGGCCAGAAGAAGAUGGAACAUUCCCAUUCAAGUCAUUCAUGCUUGAUCUUUAUGAAAUUUUACAUGAUACAUCACUAGAAAUUCUGCGUCUCGCGGCCAUAGGUCUUGGAAUUGAUGAGUAUUCCUAUGAGGAUCUAUUCUCCAAGAGACCCUGUUCUACUCUCCGUUUGAUGCAUUAUCCACCAUGGGAAGGAAAUCCCCCAGAAAAUGCCAAAAUUGAGGACGGAAAAGUGCUGACAACGCCUGCGCAUACCGACACUAACUUUCUCACUCUGCUGUCUACGUUUGGAUACAAAGGCCUAGAUAUCGUCACAGCAGAUGGAAAAUGGACGGAGGUUGAACCACGCCCCGGAAGUCUUGUCAUGAAUAUCGGUGACGUGUUUUCACGAAUGAUGGGUGGUCGAUUUAAGGCGACUUGCCACCGUGUUGUAGAUAUUGGAGUCGAUAGAUAUUCACUUCCGUUUUUCCUGGAACCUAACUUUGAAGGUGAUAUUGGUGUAAACUUCAUGACCAAGGCCACAGGUAAGGGCGACUCCCACGUUCCGGAACAGUAUGGACCUUUCGCUAUAAAUAUGAUGAAACACGUGAAGAAAUAUUUCGAAUACAAGACAUUACCUGAAUUUUAA